UUUAAACAUUUAUGAUUAGUAGCCAAGUUAAGAGUCGCCAAAAGGGCAAUUUCAUGUUCAUGUUUUUACGAUUUCACUAUCUUGCUCAGAGUUGUCUCGGUCCCUUGAAAUGGCAUCAGAGUGAGUGCUCUUCCCGUCGCUCCUCCUCCCCCGUGGGAGUCGUAGUUUGUUUCUGCGUGCCCGUCGCGGUUACAGUCAGAGCCGCUAUGAAACUCGAGCUGCCUGGUUGAACCGCCGCUCGCCGGAGGAGUUUGAAAGAAACGAGAGAAGAAAGAGUAUUGAACUUACAUGUGAGCGAGAGGACCGAGGACAGCCGACCAACCCGGACCCAGCUCGCUAAAUUCAGCCGCUCGAUGGGAGUUGAAGGCACAUUGAAGCAGAUGUGUCCGGUGAAAACAGCGAGGAGAAACCACAGAUCUGCGGAGUUUCAGGAGUACUUUUGUGUCGUCCACAGCGUCAUCCUGCAGGAGGCCUGAGGAGCUGGACUGUUGAGAUAGAUUUUUUCUGGUUUGUUUCUACCUCAGAGAUGCCCGGCAGUGAGAAGAACCCUUUCUUGCAGGAUUUUGGUGUUGAGAAAUGUGAAUCAAAUCAAGCUAGCUAGAAAAACAAGCUCUGAUCAGUCGGGACUCGUUUUUUUGGAUGUCGUUCACCCACAACGCCUUUCUGCUGCCUGGACGACGUCGCAGAUAGCAGCCAAUGUCGGCCGACAACAGCCCGCCGCCGGCCUCCCCGCGGUCUUUCCCCACCCUCCCUCAUAAUGCGGCCCCACCCACCCCGUCGCCGUCUCCCAGCCCACCAACCACGCUCUGCAGCCGGCUGUCCAACGGCAGCCAGACGGCCCCCAGCCGCACAAACUCGCGGGGCUCCAUCCAUGGAGUCUCCUUCCUGCUUCAGAUCGGACUCACCAGGGAGACGGUGACUCUCGACCCCGGAGACCACUCGCUGUCUGCUGUCAGAGAGCUCGUCUGCUCCAUUGUGGAUCAGAAGUUCCCUGAAUGUGGAUUUUUUGGGAUGUAUGACAAGAUCCUGCUCUUCCGCCAUGACCUGAACUCGGACAACAUCCUGCAGCGCCUGACCUCGGCAGAGGAGAUCCACGAAGGUGACCUGGUCGAGGUGGUGCUCUCCGCUCUCGCCACAGCCGAGGACUUCCAGAUCCGACCUCACACGCUGUACGUCCACUCCUACAAGGCGCCGGCCUUCUGCGACGACUGCGGGGAGAUGCUGUGGGGGCUCGUCAGACAAGGCCUCAAAUGUGAAGGAUGUGGACUGAACUACCACAAACGGUGCGCGUUCAAGAUCCCCAACAACUGCAGCGGUGUCAAGAAGAGACGGCUGUCCAACGUCUCCCUGCCGGGCGCCGUCAUGUUCAUCCCUCGUCCGCCUUCCACUGAGUUCACCCCAAUAUCGCAGGAGGAGCGCCCCCUUUUGGGUGCCGGCAAGCGUAACUCGCUUCUGAGCGGUCGUCCAAUCUGGAUGGAGAAGAUGGUCCUGGGUCGGGUCAAAGUCCCCCACACCUUCUCGGUCCACACAUACACUCGGCCCACCAUCUGCCAGUUCUGCAAACGUCUGCUGAAGGGCCUUUUCCGCCAGGGGAUGCAGUGCAAAGAUUGCAAAUUUAACUGCCAUAAGAGAUGUGCUGCCAAAGUACCCCGAGACUGCCUCGGCGAGGUCGACUUUAAUGGAGAACCAGCCAGUCCCAGCCUGGACUCCGAGGCGACGAUGGAGGUGGACAACUGUGACGUCAACAGUGACGGCGGUCACAGCAUGGACGAGCAGGACGAGCUGUCCACGCCCGACGAGAAGCUCUUCUUCAUCGAGGGUCCCUGCACGGACGGCGAGAAGGAUGACGAGACGCUCAGAGCCAUCAGCCCGUCCACCAGCAGUAACAUCCCUCUGAUGCGUGUGGUUCAGUCCAUCAAACACACCAAGAGGAAAAGCUCCACGGUGGUGAAAGAGGGCUGGAUGGUCCACUACACCAGCCACGACAACCUGAGGAAGAGACAUUACUGGAGGCUGGACAGCAAGAGUCUGACUCUGUUUCAGAAUGAAAGUGGAGCCAGGUUUUACAAGGAGAUCCCCCUGUCCGAGAUCCUGCAGGUGGAGCCGGCGCAGGACUUCAGCAGCCUUCCCCAGGGCAGCAACCCUCACUGCUUCGAGGUCAUCACAGCCAACAUGGUGUACUACGUCGGGGAGGAUAACGGCGGCCUGCACCACAACCCCAUCCUGGCGGCUUCUGGCGUGGGGCGGGAUGUGGGCCACAGCUGGGAGAAGGCCAUCCGACAGGCAAUGAUGCCCGUCACGCCCAAAGCCAGCGUUGGCACCGGGCCCGGGCAGGGGAAGGACCACAAGGAAUUAUCAAUCAGCAUAUCAGUGUCCAACUCCCAGAUACAAGAAAACGUGGAUAUCAGUUCAGUGUACCAGAUCUUUGCUGACGAGGUCCUCGGCUCUGGACAGUUUGGGAUCGUCUACGGAGGUAAACACAGAAAGAGCGGCAGAGAUGUCGCGAUCAAGAUCAUCGAUAAAAUGAGGUUUCCCACCAAGCAGGAGAGCCAGCUGAGGAACGAGGUGGCCAUCCUCCAGAACCUCCACCACCCGGGAAUCGUCAAUCUGGAGUGCAUGUUUGAGACGCCCGAGCAGGUUUUCGUCGUCAUGGAGAAGCUUCAUGGGGACAUGUUGGAGAUGAUUUUAUCCAGUGAGAAGAGCCGACUGCCCGAACGCCUCACCAAGUUCCUGGUGACGCAGAUCCUGGUGGCUCUCAGACACCUUCACUUCAAGAACAUCGUCCACUGUGAUCUGAAGCCUGAGAACGUACUCCUGGCCUCAGCAGAACCCUUUCCUCAGGUGAAGCUCUGCGACUUCGGCUUUGCUCGUAUCAUUGGGGAGAAGUCGUUCCGUCGCUCGGUGGUCGGCACUCCGGCCUAUUUGGCGCCCGAGGUGCUUCGCAGCAAAGGCUACAACCGGUCUCUGGACAUGUGGUCGGUCGGCGUCAUCAUCUACGUCAGUCUGAGCGGGACGUUUCCCUUCAACGAAGACGAAGACAUCAACGAUCAGAUUCAGAACGCUGCCUUCAUGUACCCACCCAACCCAUGGAAGGAGAUCUCAGAGGAGGCCACAGACCUCAUUAAUAACCUGCUGCAGGUGAAGAUGAGGAAGCGCUUCAGCGUGGACAAGUCGCUGAGCCACCCGUGGCUGCAGGAUUACCAGACAUGGCUGGACCUCAGGGAGUUCGAGACUCGGCGAGGCGAGCGAUACAUCACCCACGAGAGCGACGACGCCCGCUGGGAGGAGUACGCUGACGAGAGAGGCCUGCACUACCCCAAACACUUCAUCAUGUCUCCCAACCUGGACGACAUGGAGGAGGACCCCUAGAAGUCCCCGAGGGGUAAACAUCUCCUGCAGAUCAGAGGAGGCCCUCAGCCGUUGUGGCGGACACUCUGGAGAUUGCGAGUUUUCCCCAAGAUGGCGUGGGAUAACGUUUUCGUGGAUCGCCAGGACGCGGCGGUCAGGCAGCUGCGUGAGGACACUGACAUUCUCACUGCGGCGAUAAUUCAGGUCCAGAGGAUUUUAAUUUGAACACAUUUAGAUUUUUCCUUCGUCACUGCGCUUUUCUACAAGCCAUAACAAACACACGCCGUGAGCCAGCAGCUGGAGGGAUUUUGUCCCACAGUUCAGCAGUCAGUAAACGUCUGCACUGCCAGUGAAGCCACAGAAGGGCUAGCUAAAAACAAAUACAGAGCUUUUAUAUGUCUUCAUUUCAAACACAGUAUUUUUCUGAUGGUGUUGUUUUAGAUCUCAAAUUUGUGAACAGACGUGAGAUAUUUUUCCACAUUCGGUCAAAGUCGUCCUUUGUGACGCUAACCUUUCUGUUGUUUCUUGUUGUGAUGUCUUUGCACUAUUGGGAAA